AUGCCGACCGUCGUCUCAUGCCCGGGCAAGGUCCUCGUCGCUGGAGGAUACCUCGUCCUCGACCGCCAGCAUCAGGGCUUCGUCAGCGCGACCCCGUCGAGAUUCUACACAGUCGUGCAGGAUGCUGGAGAGGCGAGCGCGGGCGUCGAGCGCUUCGCGAUCACGGUUGUGAGCCCGCAGUUCGACGACGGACGGUGGGAGUACGAGGCGCACAGAGACGAUGGCGAGUGGGUCGUGGAUGCAGUGGAAGGAGAAGGAUCAUCCAGCAAUACCUUCGUACACCUGUCAAUUCAGGCGGCGCUGCAGGUUGCGUCCGCCCUGGAGCCCGCCGCGACGUUCGGUCCUCUGGAGGUCACGAUUGUCGGCUCGAACGACUUCUACUCACAGUCCCGCUCCGUCUCGGCGCCGGUACCGUUCGCCCCGCUCAACUGCACGAUCCGAAACGUCCACAAGACGGGUCUCGGUUCCUCCGCCGCCAUGGUCACCUCGCUCACGUCCUCUCUCCUCCUGCACUGGACCUCCGCUUCCUCACCAGCGGUGUCUCCAUCAUCCGACCGGCUACCAAAUUCCGACAACGAGAGGAUCCACCUCCUCCACAACCUCGCACAAUACGUCCACUCGCUCGCUCAGGGCAAAGUCGGCAGCGGCUUCGAUGUCUCGGCAGCGGUGUACGGGAGUCAGACGUACAGGCGAUUCGCGGUUGAAUGCUUGGGCGACUUGCUGGAUCCGCAGGCGAAUGGCGGUUCGAAGAUCUCAAGCAAAAACCUUCUCUCCGUCCUCUCCCCCUCCCUCAAUCCCGCCUGGACCUCGCCGUCCACCGCCGGCUCCGUCACCUCCUUCAGCCUUCCCCCACACACCCUCCUCCUCCUCGCCGACGUCGACGCAGGCUCAAAUACCCCUAGCAUGGUCGGGAAGGUGAUGCAGUGGAAGAAGGCGGCGCCGGAAGAGGCGGAGCGCGUGUGGAGCGAGCUGGGAAAGAGCAACGAGAAGCUGAGGGAUGUGUUUGCGGAGCUGAGCGAGGCGGCGAAGGAGGAUGCCGGUGGGUAUGAGCGCGAGGUGGCGAAGCUUGCGGGGUUGACGGCGAAGGAGUGGUCGGCAACUGCGUUUCCCUUUGCUGCUGCCGCCCAGCGCAUCCUGGAUACUCGCGCCUUGAUGCGCUACAUGGGCGAGCAGUCCGGCGUGCCCAUCGAGCCGCCCGAGCAGAUGAAGCUGCUCGACGCUUGCUCUGCUUUGCCGGGUGUGAUCGGUGCUGGCGUUCCCGGAGCCGGCGGAUACGAUGCCAUCUGGGUCCUCUGCCUCGACCCGCCCUCCGCCUCCGCCUCCUCUCUUCCCGCUUCCGCCGUCAAGUCGCUCCUCCUCUCCUACAGCGACAUGUCCGUCCGACCUCUCUCGCAGAAUGCGUGGGUACGGGGUGGAACGUUUGAAGGCGAAGCGGGAUUGUUGCGCGAGCGGGUUGAGGACGUUGAGGGUUUGCAAGAGGCGAUUGAGCGGGGCAAGAAGCGGUAG